AACCUUAAUAUCCCAGGCCUCGAAUCACGCCGUGAAAUUCCUCCGUCUCUUACGUCAGCAUGGCUGCUCCUCCGGUCCUCCCCACUCCCGGCUUCUUAUAUACCUCCCCUCCCCCUUCACUCAAAGACAUCAUCUUCUUUCAUCUUCGUGUUCCAACUCCAACUCCAACUCCAACAACGCCAACCUGCGAUGGCAGUUGCUCUUGUCUUUUCCACUCUUGCUGCUGUCGUCGCCUUCCUCUCUCUCUCUCUCUCUCUCUCUCUCUCUCUCUCUCUAUCGAACCUCAAGCUUCGCUCCAAUGCUGAUUAUCCAGCUUCAUUUACUGAUACCAAAUUGAGAACAAAACAUGCUUUGACGGCAGACAUUGCUAAGACGUGGUGUGUCCCGAAUCCUUCGUUGAGCUAUGAGACUCUGCAGGACAUACAAACUUAUGCCUGCAAUUAUGUGGAUUGCUCAGCUAUUUACAGUGGGGGUCCAUGCUUCAACCCCUCGAAUGACUUGAGUCAUGCAGAUUGCAGCCUUUGCCAUGAAUGCUUAUUAUCAAGAGCAGCAUGAUUGUUUCGGUGGCUCUGGACUCAUAUCUAUCACUGAUCCAAGUAUGUGUUAGUGUAUCUAGUUCGAGAUGUAUCUUGAUUUUGGAUUUAUCACUUUGCAGGCUACGGGAACUGCUAUUUUGUAGGUAGAGAA